AGCACCCUCCCAUUCCCAGUGUCCCCGUGUUCCCCAUGCUCCUGCCAUCCCCACACUCCCAGCAUUCCAGGCACACGGACACCCCCCCCCCUCCAGUGACACCCCCUCACCUUCUCCUCCUCCCACCCCGCAGGAAGAGCGGCCCAGCCGGAUGAGACGAUGACUGUGGAGAGCUCGGAGACCAACGGGCCCCUGCGGGAGCCGGAGCCGGGGGUGCCCAAGGCCCCAGUGCCCCCCGUGCCCUCCCGGCGCCGGGGCCACCGCCUGCGGCGCAAAUCCCCCCCGGAGAGCCCGGUGAAGGGGCAGCUCCGCAUGCGCUCCCCGGCCGGAGCCUUCGUCAUGGUGGGCAUCUCGGUGGUGCUGGUGGGCAUGACCAUCGCCGUGGUGGGCUACUGGCCCCACCGGGGGCACGGCGGCACCGGGGCUGGAGCGGGCAACGCCAGCGUGGCUGGGGACACGAGGAGGGAGGUGACAGCCACACGCCACGGGCCCCACAGCGAGAAGCUGAAGCUGAUUGGCCCCGUCAUCAUGGGCAUCGGGCUCUUCAUCUUCAUCUGCGCCAACACGAUGCUGUACGAGAACAGGGACAUGGAGACGCGCCGGCUCAUGCAGAAGGGGCUCUACGGCAUGGCCGGGGGGCUCCCCGAGGGCGCCGGCCCUGAGGACGGGCACUGCCACCGCGGGGACGGCCCCAAGGCCAACGCCGAGUGCGUGGAGGGCUGUUACCAGGUGGACCUGUCCUGCCAGCCCGGCCCUGGCAGCAAGUGGUCCGACUGCUACGGCCCCAACCGGCUCCAGGCCAUGGCCGAGUUCCUGCGGCACCCGGCGGGAUCCCCCGCGGCCUCCUUGCACAGCCUGCGCUCCGGCGCCUCUGCCGAGGCCAACCUCGGCCUGCCCUGCCACGCCGGGCCCGAGUCCCUGCUCUGCUCGGCCGUGGGUGCCCUGGCGCUGCCCGUCAUCAAGCUCAACAACUGCCUGCUGGACGCGGCGGCGCGGGGGGCUGGCGGGAGGGUGGGCCCUGCUGAGCAUCCCCCCGAAACGCCACGGCCCUCCCGGGCCCCGCUCUCCGUCGGCGACAGCGUCACACCCUGUGGCCAGCGUGGCCAUGCUCGUGGUGGUGGUUGUGGUGGUGGUGAUGGUCACACCAUCAUCGACAUGGAUGGCGGGUGCCCCGGGGCGGAGCUGGGGGCAGCAGAUCUCGGCCCCGAUGUGCAGCUCCACACCCCGGGACACUCCAAAUCCCUGGACCUCGGCCGGCCGGGGGUGCUGCUGGUGGCCCCCAUGAAGGACCGUAAGAACCGGAGCUGGCCCAGGCUGGACAAUGUCAGCCUGGUGGGCUACGCCAAACUGGAAAGUACCGGCGAGUCCUCGGACCGGCUGCUGGAGCCCAGCGAGCCCCCGGGCCGGGCAGAGCCCCGGCCCAGCUCCUGGGUGGUGGGCACGGAGCAGGGCACGCAGGUGUGACGUCCCUGGGGACCCUGACAUCACUGUCCCUCGUCCUGGCCACCUGAACCCACCAGCGGCCCCAGGAUCCCCCAUCCAGGAGGGGUUCGUUUUUAAGCAGAUGCCAAGAGGAAGGUCCUGACGCGCUACUCCAGGGGGAGGACUCACCUGGGGUGGGAUGUCCUUCCCAGUGGAUGCCCUUGGCCUUACAAGCCCUCCCUCCUGGUGGCUUUUCUGGAGAAGCCCCCACUUUGAGGCGCAGUAAACUGUGGGAUGGGGAUGUGGGGGCAGGUGAAGCCUCACCAGCCCCUGCAGCACUUUAUUUCAGUGGGGUUGGGGUGGGGGGAUGUUCUGGGUGGUGGUGGCCCCUUGCCCAGUCUCAGCCCACCGGAAAAUUUGCUUGCCCAGAGCACGUAAGCCCGACAGGGCUAUUAAAUAUUACCUGGAUGCCACGUGGUCCUGCCUCGCCUCCUCCUGUUCCCAAGGGGUGCUCGGGGUGGGCAGUGCCAGCAGCAGCCGGUCCAGAGGGUCCCCAAGACCUUGUGCCCCCCCCCAGGCUGUGCUGGAGAAGGGAUGCUCCAUAACCAGCUGCUGAAUAUUUGCAGGAUGAGGUGAUGGGCUCAAGAUUUGGUGGUUUUCUGGUUUGUUUUUUUUUUUGAGAGAAGGGAAGCAAAAGCAAUGCCCAGGGAGC